AGUUCGUAUUCCUAUUGAACAGUCAACUCAGAGAUCCGUCAUGUAAUUUUUGUUAGUUAGGUUCCGUUGUGUUAAAAAAAUAAUUAAAUAAUUUAUUAUUCAAUUAUUAUCACAAAAACAUAAACCUGGAAGCAUUCGUCCAGCUGGAAUCCGCAUCAGCAUCAUCAAAAUCAAUACAUGGCACACAACGACAAGCACUGGGACGAUGAUGAUAGAUUCUGCUCCUCGGGCCGGGACAGUGAUGACAGCCCAAUACUUUCUUACAGGUACGACAAAUCGCGCCGUUACAUCCCGUAUGCGCAAGAGAACCGACCAGAAGAAAGGGAGAAAAAAUCGACGGUGACAAUCCUAGCCAAAUAUUUCUUGUUUUGCACAGCUAUGAUAAUGUUCUGUGUACUCAUGUAUAUACCUGUGUAUAACCGUGCUAAUUUGCAACUUCCUAAAGUUUUAGUAGCCGGAUGGUCGGUAGACUCUAAUCGAGACACAAGAAUUUACGUCCAGCCAAACAACGUCACCACAAUACACGAGCCGCAUGACGUGUGUCCAAAAUCUGCGAAAAAUAAAAAAAAUAACUUAUUUUUACUCAUUAUCGUGUGCUCCUCCACAACAAACUUUGCAGAAAGGCAGGCUAUCAGAGAAACGUGGGCGAACUAUCCCACCUAUUUAAAAACGUCACAAAUUUUUCACAAAAUAAGAGACAAAUAUAAAAAUUAUAACUACACGUACGAACAAUACCCGGUCAAUGUUGGCAACACAAGCGUAAGGGUCAAACGUGACAUAUCUAGCUUUAGCCAGUUAUUACCGGAAUUGGCUAAAGCGUUGCAAAGUAAUCUAGUUAAUGUUAAGACUGAAGAGGUACCUGAAAAACGAUUUGAUGAUGAAGAAGACGAAGUAAUGUUACCAGAAUUCGAUAUGAACAAAGAAAUAAAUGAUCAAGAAAUGAGUAACUACGAUUUUGAUUACGAAUCAAACAUUAUGAGAAUACCGCCAAAAGGUUAUGAGGAUAAACAAGAUAUGAAUAAAAUUUUGUCGUUACUAAAACCUAGUUUUCAAGAAAUCGGCGUAAAGGGGCCGAGUAAUGUAGUGCCAGAUUUUAAAGUUGUGUUUUUAUUAGGUAUGCCUAGUAGUAAUAACGAUUCUAGAAUUCAGGGUAAGAUUGAAGGGGAGGUCGAGAAAUACGGCGAUGUGAUACAGGAGGGGUUUAUUGAUUCGUACAAUAAUCUAACAUUGAAGAGUAUUAUGAUGCUGAAGUGGAUCAAGAAUAACUGUUAUGAAAGUGUUCGCUACAUAUUAAAAACGGAUGAUGAUAUGUAUAUCAAUGUACCCCAUUUGUUGAUGAAUCUCAAAACUAGAUCUGAAAAGUACGACGAUAAAGUAGCGAAGGGUUUCAAAUCCAAGGAAUACCUUCUUAUAGGUGAUCUAAUUUCCGGGGCCAAGCCAGUUCUGGACACCCACAAUAAAUGGUACAGCCCGCGGUACAUGUACGGCGGCCGCGUGUACCCGCGGUACCUGUCGGGCACCGGCUACGUGCUGUCGGCGCCGGCCGCGCAUGCGCUCUACGACGCAGCGCUCAACACACAUUUCUUCCAUUUGGAAGACAUAUUUAUUACCGGCAUGUGCUCCGCGCGGUCGUCCCCGCGCAUAUUCCCGCGCGACGACCCGUCGUUCUCGUACCAGGCGCGGGACACCCGCUGCGUGUCCCGCGUCACCGCGCACAAGGUCCCGCCGCGGGACAUGUACAGGAUCACGGCGGACAUGUUGGACGAGAGCCGGCAAGAUAUCUGUGAAAGGAAGCGGUUGACUCAAGAACGAUUCGAUCGAAUUAAAGCUAAGGUACAAACGAAACGGCCAAGCAAAGUUGGCCAUAUUACCAAAUAAAAAUAUAUUUCCAUAUGCGAUUUCCAAAGUGGGCUGUGUGACGCUUAUGGCUUGGUUACAGUUGAUAAUAACCGGUCAUAGUUGAAUGUGAUAUAGAUUUUAUGUGUAGGUUAGUUAGAGGACCAGAGAUUACGAUUUCAAGCUGUAUUGAGCUAUAUAACGUUAAAAAUAAAGUUCAAAUUCGUUAUCUGGUUAGAUUUGGCAGAUACGGGAAUAUUUUUUUUCAUUGAAAAAUAUCUCACUUUGCCGUGUGGUUGUCGUUGCGUCACAACGGCGCACUCUGAUUGGUUAGUUGCGUCUCACUGCGAAUCGACUCGAUAGUUAGAUGUAAAUACCCAAGUCGCACUAUAUAAUUAAUAUUUGUGCUUUGCGUCCUUGAUUUUGUUAAAAAGGAACACCUUUUUAAAUAAAUAUUAUACAAUAAAAUUGCAAAAAAAAGUCGUUGCCUUUAUUCAUGUAGUUUCAGAUUGACCGGUUAUUAUCAACUUUGGCGUAGCUUAUAUAUUAUAAUAUAAUAUAGGUAGAGAUGAUUAUUUUUAUACUAACUGGUGAUAUGACAUAUAUAUAUAAAUAUAUAUAUAUAUAUAUAAUUCCCGAAAUAAGUUAUAUUGUGGUAGCGUGUAAACUCAAGUUUUUUCUUACAAAUCUUGUUAUGUAAACAAUUUUACUAAGUCUUUUUAUGAUUUUACAGCGAUAUAAAUUGGUGUAGAAUUACGAGGUAUGCCCUUUUUUAUUUAUUUAUUAGGUACUAGCUUUUGCCCGAGGCUUCGCCCGCGUGAAUUUCCCACGGGAACAGCAUUUUUUCCGGGAUGAAAGGUACCUUAUGUCCUUUUCCAUAUUUAAAACUAUAUAUAUGCAAAACUUCAAGAAGAUCCGUUGAGUAGAUAGAGCGUGAAGAGGUAACAAACAAACUUACUUUCAUAAGUAUUUAUAGUAAUUAGGAUAACAAAAAGCAACACUACAACAGCAGAUUUUAUUUUAUAAUUUAAGUAUUCUAUUUAAACUGUAGUGUGGCCCACAGAGUUGUACACAAAGUGAUAAUUAUAAUGAUAUGUAGGUAUAGAUUGAACCAAACAUUAACCUAACUGGUUCAGGAAACUGAUAAUGAUAUUUUUUUAGUUUAGAAACAAUGAUUAUUUUCCAAAGUCUUUAAUCUGUUUAGUCAAUCAUACUUCUAAUGUAAAAAUCAAAAUUUCAUAUGUGUGGAGGUUGUAUGAGAGUAAUGUUUUGUGACGUCACGCAUUUCGUGUUAAUAAGGAUUUGUUUUGCAUUUAGUUUAAUGAGGCCGACAAAAUAAUACCUAAAUCCUGUAAUUAAUAAAACUGAACAAGUCGAUAUAUCAAUAUAUUAGGACAAAUCACACAGAUUGAGCUAGCCCCAAAGUAAGUUCGAGACUUGUGUUAUGUGAUACUAACUCAACGAUACUAUAUUUUAUAACAAAUACAUUAUAUAGAUCCAAGACUCGGGCCAAUCAGGAAAAGAUCAUUUUCUAUCAUGACCCGACCGGGGAUCGAACCCGGGACCUCUCGGUUCAGAGGCAAGAACUUUACCACUGCGCCACCGAGGUCGUCAUAGAGUAGUGACAUUUGAUUAUCGUGUUUGAAUGUUUUAACACUACUAAUGGAUUUUAUUGUUUAUCCAGUCGAUUAAUAAUAAAAUACAAAUAUGUUAACCUUCACAAUACUUUAUCGUUGAGUUUUGUUGAAAAUAAAUCAAAUAACAAACCUAUUAACGUCUCAAGGAGUAUUGUCUUUCGUGUUGAUUAAUUAUUUAUUUAAUCAUUAAGUAUUAUUGUCUUGUUCAUUUGUUGAAAUCUUAAUAUUUCUGUUUGUAUAAGUGUUUAUGUCUAUGUAUGUUUAGUUAUAUUGUAUUUAUUUCUUUAUGUAUCUAUUUAUGUUUUCAAAUUUUCAUUUUUUUAAAUCGCGCGGCAAUUUGUUAUAUAACUUUGGCGCCAUACAGAUAAAACUAUUUCUUUUCAUUAUGUAAGUAAAUGUAUGUAUAUUUAUCAUGAAGCUGGUUGCUGCGCCCCCCGCCCCUUUGUGUACCUAAUGUGUUUAUGGGCAAUAAAGUUCGGAUAUUAUUAUUAUUAACCACGAAAAUAAAUUCAGAAAAUGUCUAUUUUCUAUACUAUUGUUAUAAAGAGGUAUACGUUUGUGAGUUUGUAUGUUUGAGGCGGGUAAUCUCCGUAACUACCGAACCGAUUUCAAAAAUUAUUUCACCACUGGAAAGGUACAUUAUCCAGGAUUGCUAUAGGCUAUAUUUUAUCUCAAAAUUCCCACGAGAGCGAAGCCCCGGGCAACAUCUAGUAAUUUAUAUUGUUGUAAAAUUAUAAAAAGACAUGGUAAUACUGUAAGGACAAUAUGACACGGACAAAUGGAGAUUUUAAUCAGUGUUGAAAAUUGUUGAGUUCGAAUAAUGCCAAUUGGUCGAUCAAAAACAUUCCUUUUCGAAGUUAAAAGUUUAAAAUCAAAUUUUUUUAAAGUCAAAUCCAUUUCAUAUGAUAAUAAUGGCAAACAUUUUGCAGCUAAAAAUAAAAAAAAAACACAUUUUUAGAAAGUUAAGUAAAUAUAAUAUCCUAGAAAACCUUUUUUUUUUUUUAACAAUUAUACUUUUUUUUUUUAAUUUUUAAUCAUUUUAAAACUACCGCAUUCUCAAUAAUAUAUUAAAUUCAAAAACAAGCGGUGAAGCGCUUAGAAAAAAAAUAGCUUUUUGUUUAAAAUAUAAUUGCUUAGCAUAUAUGUGUGCAACUGCUUCCGAAUCACAUUUAUGUUUUGUUCAUAAUAUGUAAUUAACAAAAAAAAAAAAAGUAAUAGCUAUUAAUACUAUACAUUUCAUUUUCGCUUAUUCAUUUUUUUUUCUGAUCUUUUUUUUCCUUUAACAGAGAUAAACGAUUUUUGGCGCGUUUUGGACUGAAUCAACGUCUAACAGAUCACGCUAUUUAAAUGGUGAUUUUGGUAUGCUGAACUAUAUGGCCACUUUUGGCUCUGUCUGCCCAGUAAAGGAUGAAGACGUGAUACUAUAUAUGCACAGUAGCGCCAUCUAGAAUGUGCCGAGUACUGGGGACCCAGAGCUCAAAGAAGCAUCCUAUUUUUCAUCACAUACUAAUUAAUGAUCAAUAAUGUUACCGUUGCACUACUUACUAAAUUCAUAAUAUUCUAAAUGAUUAUUUUUAUGUUUAUCUGUAUUUCUUUUCGAUAAUCUUUCUAUAACAAUGUCCCUUACACAUGGUUACUGGUAUUUAACGCAUAACCUUCCUAAGGAGUAUAAGGUACACAGAGACAUCUUUCGUUCUACAACUAACAGGAAACGUAAUAAAUACAAUUUUCUUUUAGUUUUAAUGUCAUUUCUAUAAAACGUUAGCUCUAUGUUCGAUUCCGCUACAUAACGCUACUGCACUGUCUCAUGUUGCUCGGCUAUUGCAUAGAGUUGACAUGUGUAGAAUCGCAAAUUAGAUUAUAUAUUUUUUAUACGAAAAAAUAACUACGUAUCGUACGUACGUACGUAAUAUACGUAAAGUUGCUUGUUUUGAUGUAUCCAAGUAGUCUUUAGGAGGUUUCGCGUUUGAUACCAGUAACCCUGUAUAAUAUUUUUUUAAACAAACCCUAUCAGAAUAGAACACUAGCCUUAAUGUAGUUAGUGUCACGGUUAAAAUUCAAACUUAAACGCCUUAAUUGGGACCCCGUAUUUCUUUCGCAUCAGGUCGUAAAGUUUCUUACCUCCAUCACUGUAAUUACAGCAUCUGCAUUCAGAAGUUAAUUGCAUUGAACAAAUAAAUCAUUUUUUAGCUUCGCAAUUAGUUUGUACAGCAUUUUUCUUUGCAUUCAACCAUGACUAAAUUAUUUUUGGUAAUUAUAAAGUAUAAAUAUUUAAUAUUUCCCGCUAAUCACAAAAUAUUCAAAGAAAAAUUUAUGCUUGCGUAAAAGUAAUUAUUUUUUUAUACAUUGACAGUAAUGUUUUAAUUUUCAUAUAUAUUUUAUUGUGCCAUAAUUUAUCUAUGAGAGCCGUUAAACUACCUGAAAUGAAAAUGCGGCAUAAUUUUAAACAAAAUCUGUUACGUUACUGUGAUAAAACUUUGCAACAGGUCAAAUCAGAUACUUCUUUAUUGUCGAAAAUUACAAUUUACUUGUGUUACAAGUAAAAAAAAUCACUGAUAUGUUAAAUAACGAUUUCAGAGCCAAAAAAAUAUUUAAUUAGAAUAAAAAAAUAGUGAUAGUCAUCACUACACAUAGUAUACUUAAAUCGAAUACGUUUCCCGCUGUCUGUACCCAUUUAUGCUUAGAUAAUUAUUUAAAACUUUGCAACGGACUUUGAUGCGGCUGUCACCAAUAGAUAGUGUGAUAUCUAAGGAAGGUUUAGCUAUGUAUUUAUUAUAGUUUUACCCGAGCGAUGCCGGGACGUGGCGCAAGUAAUUUACAAAGAUUAAUAAUUUAUCAUUUAAUUAUUAAAACAUUAAAUUGUCAUGUUUGUUUAUUGAAAUAACAGUUAUAUUUUACCAAAUCAAAUAGCCAAUUAUAGGUGAUUCGUAUUAAAUUCAGGUGAAAAUAUCUCAAAUAACCUAAAGAACAAAUGUUUUAACCCUUUUUCCUUCCACCUCUUGGUGAUAAUCGAUAAGUAAGGUUUAACUUUAUUUUAUUUAACAAAAAAAACAAGAAAUAAACUUUAUAUAGCUUGUUAUGGUUUCAGUCACAGAUUAUAAGAACGUGGAUGUUCUAAUAUCUGUGGUUUUUGUAUGUUAUUUUUUUAAUUAAUAAUAUCGAUCAAAUUUUAUAUUAAAGAAAAUAUAAUGAAUGAAACAAAGAGUUAUUUUGUUCUUUGUUUCAUUCAUUCAUUCAUUCAUUCAUUCAUUCAUUCAUUCAUUCAUUCAUUCAUUCAUUCAUUCAUUCAUUCAUUCAUUCAUUCACUCAUUCAUUCAUUUAUUCAUCCAUUCAUUUUUUCAAAUACGUGUUGUUUAUGGAUUAAUAAGAGUGCCAUGGGAAGCUACUUAACGUAUGCAAUGUUAUUAUAAAUAUAAAUAUUGUAGGAUUUUGUGUGUUCUUAUAUUUAUUUUACGUAGCAUGCUUAUUUAAAUCUGAUUGUCUUCCGAAAAUGAAAAUACAUUGUUUUAUGUGACAAAUUUUGAAAUGGUUCUUAAAAAUGUUGUUUAUUUACCUUUUACUUUGUAGAUCUUCACUAUUUUUAUAAAAUCGCUAGGGUGUAGCCUUCUUAAGUCAUAAUUAUGUUUAAGCUUUAAUAAUAGUAUAUAAUAUGUAAUCGAUUUGAAAAAUCAGUAUAUUAUAUACCUGUUGCUCAAUCCUAUUUCCAGUAUUACUAAUUAAAUAGAUGCAUUACUGCUGUAAAAGUACCUUUUUUCUUUUUUUAAAUUUUAUUCCUCUAAAUUAAUCAUUUUAAUGUUGUUUUUUAAAUUAACAAGCCGACAUUAUUGCGACUUUCUAUUGUUAAUAAAAUGAAUUAUCACUUUUAUUUGUAGACAGUUUUUUUUUUAAGGAUUUAUCUACACAUAAUUUGACUGGCUUUCUGUAAUAAUAAAUUUUUCUAUAGUUUCAGUGAUCAGGUAAUAUACUUAUGUAUAAAUUUAUUUAAUAUAAACGUAAAACCGAGUACACAAUCUUGCGUCCAAUUUAAUAGGUGUAAAAAAUGGUACAGUGUAAAUAAUUUGGAAAAGUGGUGCUUUGUUGAUAGCGAUUAAUGGAGUUUAAGUAAUUGGUUGUAGGUUUUAUUAAAUGAUUAUUUUGUAACAAAGUAAGUAACUUAGUAGGUCUUUUAGGGAUGUUGAACGAGUAGAAAAGGAUGGAUAAGUAUGUACAAGUUUAUAUACGCAAUAUAAUAUGUAUUGUACAAUUAUUUGCAAUAGAUAUAUUACCAUUUAACAACAAUAAUUAAAUAUAGAAGAAGCGAGCGAAAUAACUUUUGUAGCAUAAAUAGAGGAAUGUUAUGACACGGCAAAAUAAUAGUAAUAAAUUUUCAAUUUUGGAAAUAGUUAAUUAAAUGUAGGCACGGAACGAAACUAAAAUUAAUAAUUUGUUUGAAAUAAAUAUAUGUACAUAUAUACAAGAAGAUCUGAAAUAAACAAACCAUAUGUAUACCUAAAUUCACAAUUAAGUGUUACCAUUCUUAAUUAAAUGUUAAUCAUUAAAUCACAUAAAUAUUUUUUUUAGGUCAUGUCAAUAUUUCCAGAUCUGUUUUGUUAAAAUCAUUGUGUAAUCAGUCUAUUUGAUGGUUCAAAUUUAAUUUAGAAAUCAAUACCGGCCUGAAUUGCCAAAUUUAUAUUGUUAUGAUAAUAAAAUUAUCAAAUCGUUAUUUGAAAACAAUCUUGUGCAAAGAUGUAGUUGAAAUUUUGCCAUUAUUAUCCAACUAAACACAUAAGUUUAAUAAUAAUGACCACUAUAAAAUUGCCGUUUCACGGGUAAAUGUUGCCCUUAUGGGUUAAAAAUCUACCAUUUUGGUAGUUUUUGGCUACUAAUAUUUCUGUAAUCUGUUACUCAAAAAGUGUUCAGAUUAAACAUAAAAACACAAAAAAAUCCGUAUCCGUCCAAAAUCAAAAAUCAAAAUCUAAUAAUUUAUUCAGAAAUUAGGCCUUCACAGGCACUUUUUCACGUCAUAUUCUAAAUUAAAUGAUGUUUACCAAAGCUACAAACUACUAGCAUUUCGGAAUGAUUUAUGAUUGUGAUCAAGUGCUGAUGAAAGGAUUUAUUUGUUUAUACAUAUAUAUCGAUAUAUAUAUCGAUCGAGCUGACCAGUUCCCCCCGGCAGCACUCGUUCACGAGUUGACGCGUGAGUCAGCCAUCGCGAAGCUGAACCACAAUAGAGGGAACCUCCCGACCCGAUCCACGACGCCGCCACCGGUUUGACCAUUUGAGUGUCAUGAUAUACUCGAUCUCCAUAAUCUAAAAUAAUAAAUCCCGAAGGCGCAUUUUCCCGUGGAACGUCAUAAAAAUGUUGAGGCAAUUUCAACUUUAGAGCCGUCCAAUACCUGAUUCCUCCAACUACGUACUGUAAUUUUGGCAUGAAUUCAAAAUGUUGAUAUUAUAGUUUAAUGUCAAAAUUGGCCGGCUAAACUUAGUUUUACAAGAGAUCCCAUCAAUCUGAUCGUAUUUUCAUAGUAAAAAAUCUAUAUUGGUUGAUGAUUUUUAAUUUUUAACGUAGAUAUUCAUUCAUCGUAAUAUAUUUCCUGAAAAAGUCAUUACUAAUACAUUUUUUUUUAAUUUUUAUUAUAUAGAUAUAGUAUACAUAUAUACGGAAGAAAUACAAAUAUUAAUAUAUAGUGCAGGCUGUGAAAUGCCUUCAUAAUGAGUCAUAUAGAUUAAUUAAAUAAUAAAGCAGCUUUUAAUGCCAUAAUUUACGACACGCACCACGAAAUAUGGGAUUCGGGGGGUCUACCAUGAAGCUUAAAACACUGAGAACGUCAUUGCGUCCACACGGUUUGCUUUGUUUACACGACGCUGACACGAUUGCGUGUGGACGUUAGUAACGUGCUACGAGUAUGUAUGUCUCGCGGUAGACCGUCUUGAUGACCUGAUUUAUCUACGUGAUUUAAUUAUUGCUAAAUGCCCUAUGAAUUGUCUGUUGAUAAUUAUGUCAGCUCUCUUAAGGUUGUUAUAAUUAGUAAUUUUCAAAUUUAAACUAUUUUCUGUUCAAAAUGUUUAUAAACAAGAUUUCAUUUGUAAAUUAAUAAGUUAAAGACUACAGAUUAAAUUGGGCAGAGAUCUAGACGACUUUCAGGGGUAAUAUAGGCUACCUUUCGUCGCUCCACGCGGAUCAAGUCCCGUGCGAUCACUGAUUAACAAUAUUUUUUGUUUGUUCGUUGUUUUUAUUUAUUGUACAACUGAGCAUAAAAAAUACCAAUUUUGUCUUUGGAAGUAAAAAAUAUCAAACAAUUUUUUUAUUAAAUUCUUUAAAUGAAUAUAUAAUAAACAGCAUGUUAUUAGAGUACCCAUUCUCAAAUACUGACGCUAUCGAAUAUCCAAAAUUAAUUUGAUUAUAUAUACGCCUAUAACUCGCUCUGUUACUCUCCGUAUGUUAGAUAGAGACACAGCUAUAUUUGUUUGUAUAAAAUUACUUUUAAUUAGCAAUUCAUGAACAUUUUUCAAAAAAAUUGUAUUUUUCAUUACUUAAUGCCAAAAUUAAAUAGUUCUUUUUAAUAAUAACAUUAAAAAGUGUUGUAUUGUUAAAAGAGAUAGCUUUGCCUUGACUUCUAAGCUAAUAGUAUUCCGAUUGUGAUGGUUUUUUAAAUAAAAUUUCAUUAAAAUAUAUUACA